GAGCGACUUGACGUGAUAGAUCGCGUGUCAUUUUCCCCUACUCCAGUUUUUUUUUUUAAUCGCAUGUAGACAUCAAAUAACAGAAAACUAUUGUAGGAGGUCCUGCGUGCUUGAGGUAGAUCUACUAUAAGACAGAAAGGAUUGACUGAAAUAAUCCAGCAUCAACGUCUCUUAUUUAUAAAACAGAUGUGUUUACUGGGGGACGUGUACAUCUAGCUUCCCAGAUAAAAAGCAUUUUUAUUUGAUAUGAGAAAAUACAAUUAGGCGCCGUCAAUUAAACCUUUAACCAAUUAAUUGAAACGCCAACUGGGUGGUUUCCAGGCACCCUACAGAGGUUGGAGCAGUCUAAUGAGGCAAAACCUGAUAGACUCACGCUUCGCUACAAUUCACAGAAGAGCAUCACUAAAUGAAUGACCAGCCAAUGGUCCGGGAGCAGUACGUCAGCACGACCCAGGAGAGCAGGGUCCCUGCCACAGACGCCGAGUAUCUGUACAUGAUCGGGAUCUAUGGAUGGAGGAAGCGCUGCCUGUACCUCUUCAUCCUCCUCCUCAUCAUCAUCCUCGUGGUCAACUUUGCCCUGACAAUAUGGAUCCUGAGAGUGAUGUGGUUCAACUCAGUGCGUAAGGCCUUGGCAUGUCUAGGCUCAAUGGAGGGAAUGGGACUGUUGAAAGUGAACGCUGACGGGCUGAGACUCGAAGGGGAGUCCGAGUUUCUCUUUCCGCUGUACGCCCAGGAGAUCCAUUCCAGAGAGGAUUCGUCUCUUCUUGUGCACUCUUCCCAGAAUGUGACUCUUACAGCCCGUGAUGGCAGUGGGGAUGUCACUGGCAGCCUGUCUGUGGGCCCACAGAUAUCGGAAGCCUUUGCGCAGUACUUUGAGGUGACUUCAAAGGACGACAGCACGCUAUUCUCCGCAGACGAGGAUGAGGUGGCGAUAAUGGUGGAGAAGCUGCGUGUCACUGGUCCGGAAGGUGGUCUGUUUGAACAUUCUGUUGAGACACCCCUGGUCAAAGGGGAUCCCCUCAAAGACAUACUGCUGGAGUCGCCCACCCGGUCUCUGAGCAUGGACGCCCCCAAGGGAGUCCACGUUAAAGCGCUGGCGGGGAACAUUGAGGCUGUGUCUAAUAUGGACGUCCUACUGCACACGAGUGGGGGAGGGCUGCUCCUGGAUGCCGAAACUGUGCGUCUGCCCAAACUGCCCCUGGGGACAGGAGGUGUAUUAGGGGCCACCGGCCCCCAGGGACUUUACGAGGUGUGUGCAUGCCCCAGUGGAAGGCUGUACAUCUCCAAGGCCAGCGUGACCUCCAACUGCCACAGAAACCACGACUGCUAGAGGAUCACAACCAGGCACCCACUCUUCAGGGACGUCGAACAUCAUGGAAAAAUCCCUUUUUUAUACCUCCAUUAAUGUGUAAAUUCAGUAACACCCAAAAUAUAGCCACCUCAAA